AUGUGCCACCCCGGCUCCGGAGACGAGAACCAGGACCGUCUUCCAGCGAGCUGGGGAGUCGUGCUGCGAGUUUAUGGAGGUCUCAUCCAUUCGCAAGAUGCCCGCAACGAAGCUGGAGGGGCCGAAGGGCCCCUGGACUCUGGAGUUCCCCCUUGGGUGUUUUUUCUUUCAUUCUUUCUUUCUUUCUUUCUUUCUUUCUUUUCCCCUUCCGUCCCAGGGAAUCAGGAUCUUCGCGCUCGUCUGCCUGAUCCUGAUCAGCUUGGCCAGACUGGUUUGAAAGGCAGUGGUUUGCCGUCCUGACUAAUGCAAAAUUCAUCGCGCUACAGUUGACCACAGGCUACCUACACGGAGAUGGCCUGCCUAGGCCCUGUGCGAGCGCUUCGCCCAGCCGGGUACAAAUCCGCUAGCUACAAGAGGAGUUCAUGUCGGUUGUGUCUUUGUCUGCGGCUUUGUUUCCUGGUACGGAUUCAGAGCAUCCGCAGACGAGGGCACGAAAGGGGAUUGCAUACGGCCGCUGGGAACGAAUACAGUGUAGAUAGAAAGCACGAGCCACUGCUAUCACACAAC